AUGUAAAAGAAAAGAGACACUAAAGCAGCAGCAAAAAAAGCAACUGAUGAUGCUAAGAAAGACAAAAAGAGCGACAUAAAAGUAGUCUAGACCUCUUCAAAAGGAGGAGUUUUAGUAGACCAUCUUGUGCCUCAAGCUUAAAACUUUCAAGUUAUUGAUGAUAAUGGAAGAAAUCUCUCUUGCUAUCUUAUGUGGAGUGACAUCAAGAAUAAUCACAACAAAUACUACAUAUCUCAAGCACUUCUUGAUAAUACAGGAAAGCAUUAUCUAUGGACUAGGUAUGGUAGAGUAGGCCUUGACGGUGUUGGGUCAAAUAUAUUCUGUGGCGGCAAAGAUCAACUCAUUAGAGAGUAUGACAAAAAGUACAGAUAAAAAACAGGUAAAGGCUAUACCGAGGUCAAGAUGGCUCUUGGAAAUCCUAACUAAGCUGUUAAAGCUGACUUAGCUAAGAAAGAGGAGGUCAAAGGAAAGGACGGCAAAAGUGAUGGUCCUAAGUCCAAGCUAGAUUCAGCAGUUUAGGAGUUAUUGUCCUUCAUCUUUGAUAUGAACCUGAUCGAGUAAUCAGUCGUCCAGAUAGGUUACGAUGUUAAGAGACUCCCUUUGGGACAGCUUGACAAAGAGACUGUUCUGGAAGGAUACAAGUAUCUUAGAGAAAUUGAGCAAGUCCUAAAUGGAAAGAAAAAGGGCGAUCUUGCUGAUCUUUCUUCAAAGUUCUACACUUACAUUCCACAUAAUUUCAGCAUGAAGCACAUGAAGAAUUUCACUAUUAACACAAUUGAAAUUUUGAAACAAAAGAUUGACCUAAUUCAAAAUUUGAUUGAUAUUAAAGUCGCUCAUAAGAUCGUUAACCCCAAAAAGCCUACUAAGAAUGCCAAGCAUCCACUUGAUGAAAAAUAUGAAGCCCUGAACUGUGACCUUAAGACAGUUGAUCACAAAUCUGAAGAGAUGAAAAUGGUUGAGUAGUAUCUUGCUCACACUAGUGAUGGAAGAACUUUGAAACUACUCGAUUUGUUCAAAGUUGUCAGAGGAGGAGAAGACAAGACCUUCAAUCCAAACAAAUUAUCCAAUAAAAAACUACUCUGGCACGGAAGCAGAUUCUCAAAUUUCGGUGGUAUCUUGAGCUAGGGUUUGAGAAUAGCUCCUCCUGAAGCUCCCAAAACUGGAUAUCUGUUUGGUAAGGGAGUAUACUUCGCUGAUUUAGCUGGAAAAUCAGCUCCUUAUUGCUGUGCUAACCUUUCAAAUAAUGUUGGCCUCUUCUUAUUGUGUGAGGUUGCUGUUGGAAAGCCAAGGCCACUUUAUCAAACUGAUCAAGAUGCUGAUAAUCUCCCAAAGGGAUUUGACUGUACUUAAUGUAUUGGUAGAAAAAUCCCUAACCCAGCUGAGUCUAAGACGAUUGAAAAGGACAUCGAAGUACCAUAUGGAAAAUUGAUUACUAACCCUGACAAGGGCGCUUAGAGAGAACACAAUGAGUUCGUAGUUUAUAACACCAAUCAAAUAAGGAUGAAGUAUCUAUGCAAAGUUUAGUUCAAUUGA